AUGGCCAAGACGAAGCCGGGGAAGAAGGACCUUGAUUCUUACACUAUCAAGGGGACCAACAAAGUUGUCAGACCUGGAGACUGUGUAUUGAUGAGGCCAGCCGAUUCAGACAAGGCGCCCUAUGUGGCGAGAGUUGAGAAAAUCGAGGCCGAUCAUAGGAAUAACGUGAAAGUGAGGGCCCGCUGGUAUUACCGGCCAGAGGAGUCGAUUGGGGGCCGCAGGCAGUUUCAUGGUGCCAAGGAGCUCUUCCUGUCAGACCAUUUUGACGUGCAGAGUGCCCACACUAUUGAGGGGAAGUGCAUUGUGCAUACAUUCAAGAAUUACACCAAGCUUGAGAAUGUGGGCUCGGAGGAUUACUUUUGCAGGUUCGAGUACAAGGCUGCUACUGGUAGCUUCACUCCAGACCGUGUUGCUGUGUUUCAUCCUUCUUGUAUGGGUAUGACAAUUGAGGAAGCUAAGAAGCUCGACCAAUUCUUGUGCUCUGAUUGUUCAUCUGAUGAUGACGGUAAAAGAUCUAUGAACUCAUUUCCUGUAUCACCAGCUUCUGAGUCUAAGGUGGAGCCGAAGCGUAGAAAAAGAUGA